CGUCCCGUCCGGCCUGGGCGCCCGGGGAACGCGGUCCCUGUCGCCACUGCCUCCGCAGCGCUUCCCGGCGUCCUGCCGCGAGUCCAGUCAUGUCCCUGUGCCUGUCGCUCCUCCCGCUCCAACUGCUGCUGCUGCUGCUGCUCCGAGGGGCGGUAUGCCGGACGGAGGCUGGCUUCGAAACCGAAAGUCCUGUCCAGACCCUGCAAGUGGAGACCCUGGUGGAGCCCCCCGAGCCGUGCGUGGAGCCCGCCGCCCUCGGAGACACGCUUCACAUACACUACACGGGCAGCUUGGUAGAUGGACGCAUUAUCGACAGCUCCCUGUCCAGAGACCCUCUGAUUAUAGAACUCGGCCAGAAGCAGGUGAUCCCAGGUCUGGAGCAAAGCCUUCUAGACAUGUGUGUGGGAGAGAAGCGGAGAGCCAUCAUUCCUUCCCACCUGGCCUACGGGAAGCGGGGGUUUCCGCCGUCUAUCCCAGCUGACGCCGUGGUACAGUAUGAUGUGGAGCUGAUUGCCCUGAUCCGAGCCAGCUACUGGCAGAAGCUGGUGAAGGGCGUUUUGCCGCUGGUAGGCAUGGCAAUGGUGCCGGCCCUUCUGGGCCUCAUUGGGUUUCACCUGUACAGAAAGGCCAACACACCCAAAAUCUCCAAAAAGAAGCUCAAGGAGGAGAGACGGAAUAAGAGCAAAAAGAAAUAAACGGUGUUGAAUCCAAA